UCUUUCUAAAUUAGGGCUUUAUUUUUCAAAAUCGCUCGAUUCUCUGGCAAAAGCUCCAUGGCUCUGGCGCUGGAGGCUACGGGCCUCGAGCGGCUGCCGGCGGCUGUGGAGGAGGAAGGAGAAGUAGAAGCGGGAGUAGAAGAAGCGAUCGAGCGGGAAGCGGCUUGGUGCUGCCAAUGGCCAGUGUUUAGGUUUGAUCAGGCCCCUCGCCGGCUCUACCACUUCUGCCGUCAGUUCCAGGACGGCUCAAACCCUGGUGCUAACUUCCUGAAAGGGGUCAAGUGGUCUCCCGACGGUUCCUGCUUCCUCACCGGCUCCGACGACAACUCCCUGCGUCUGUUCUACCAACCGGAGGAUGCUUUUAUUGCUGAUAACGUGGAGCCUUCUGCUGCUGGGAUUGACGGGCAAGGUAUGGAUGUCGAUUCGUACGGUUCAAGUCUCAUUGUGAGGGAAGCGGAGAGUGUCUACGAUUUCUGUUGGUUCCCUUACAUGUCUGCAUCAGAUCCUGCGAGCUGUGUAUUUGCCAGUACCACUCGCGACCACCCAAUUCAUCUGUGGGACGCUAGUUCCGGACAGCUUCGUUGCACUUAUCGAGCGUAUGAUGCCAUGGAUGAGAUAACAGCUGCCCUUUCAAUUUCUUUCAAUACUUCAGGAUCAAAGCUUUUUGCUGGAUAUAAUAAAUCCUUAAGAGUGUUUGAUGUGCAUCGCCCUGGUCGUGAUUUUCAGCAAUAUUCUCUGCAUAAAGGAAAUAAUGGCCCAUCAGGCAUUGUAUCUUCUAUUGCCUUUUCUCCUACUCACAAUGGGAUGAUUGCUAUUGGCUCUUACAGCCAGACCACCGCUAUCUACUCUGAGGAUAAUAUGGAAUUACUAUAUGUACUACAUGGUCAACUAGGGGGUGUUACACAGGUAUUAUUCUCAAAAGAUGGAUACUAUCUCUAUACAGGAGGGAGGAAGGAUCCAUACAUAUUGUGCUGGGAUAUUCGCAAUACAGUUGGGAUUGUAUACCAACUAUAUAGAUCAUCUGAGCACACCAACCAACGAAUAUCAUUUGAUAUCGAACCUUGUGGAAGGCACCUCGGUACAGGAGGAGAGGAUGGUCUAGUUCACAUAUAUGAUCUUCAAACUGGCGAGUGGACGGCGAGCUUUCAAGCUGCAUCUGACACGGUCAAUGGUUUCUCUUUUCAUCCAUCUCAAUCACUUGCUGCAUCAUCUUCUGGUAAUCGAAGAUUUGAUUUGCUGGACAAUAUUGAAGAGAAUUCAAGCUUUAAAGGCAAUGAGAAUUGUGCAUCCGUUUGGUCCUUCUAUGCUGCAGAGUCGGACCACGAUGUAGCAGUACCUGGUGCGGAUGAAGCAUUGAACCUUGGAGUUUAAUGCAAGGUUGGAAAUUGGAAGAAGUUCAUCAAAAAGUCAAACUAUCCGAAUUGACUCAAUUUUGUGUCCAGGUUAGUCUGGCAUUAUACCCUCUCGUAUUAUACUUGAUACUCAUUCUGUUAGCCGUUCGGUUGACAGCAAUUUUCCUGCUCCAAUUUCUGGUAGCUUAAGAAUGUUUUACGAGAAGAACCAGGAUGACAUGUUAUUAUGAGGAACUGACUGUGUCUCAUGAUAUUGGCAAAGUUGUUAAUUUAUAGGUAUCAUCGUACUGUCAAAUAUUUUGAGGAAGUCUCAAUUCAUGCAUCUUACUCUUGAA